GGGACUUAAGGACUUUGAUCUCCGUACUGAACCGUCACAUCUCCUCCACAACGAUCAUCAUGCUCAGCAUACAUUCUACUUCAGUAGAGUUGGAGGGUGUACCUACAGAAAUCAUGGUACAAGGAUUUGCGGAUCGUAUCCUCGUACUUGUUAUGCAAUUGGGCAAAGUUGGCAACUUGAUUCAAGCAUCCAUCCCAUCGACGACGCCACUAUUAUCGGCUGAUCUCGAUGAGGAUUCAACUAAUGGACUCCCUGCGCCCCCUGCGGCCAUCCGACUCACACCACUACUUGGUGGCGCUUCCUCUGAACAUCUGCAGACGCUGCAUUCAUUAUAUGCUGCACAAAUCGCCACCAUUAUCUGGGUCGAAGAAGCAAAGAAGAUGGCUGUGAACCGAAGAAGUGUUGUAGUUGGAAUAGCGCUUCAUAAAGAUGCUGAUGAAAGAAACACAUUUCACGGUGUAAUGAAUCAUCUUUACCGCCUAGUUAAAUAAGAUUUCCCAUUUUUAGGAUACACUAGGGUUAGGGUUAGAACUACUAAAAAUCGAAAAAAAAGAAUGGCCUGCUUAGCCAGAGUGGCCAUAGCAGGACUGGAAAAUAUUGAGACGGUGCAUGAGCCGGAGCCCAUACAAACCGUAGUUACCCUCUGUAUGGACAGGGUCGCCGUGCUAUGAAGGGUCCCCACGGCCCACAAACCCAGGUACUUGAAGGAGCCUAUGCCA